CCUGUAAAUGUCAUUAGGAUUUGAACUGCACGUGUAUUCGUUUACUAACCUAAGAAAACAUUAGAAGUUAGCUAUGGUGAAAGUGAAAAACAAGAAACGAAACACGGCUGAGUCCGUGAACGAUAAAAAAGCUUCAAAGAACAAGAAAGUAUUAAAUCCCUUUGAGGUCCACAUAAACAAAGAGAAAAUAAGAGUGCUUGGGAAAAAAGCCAAGAAUGAUAGAGGUUUGCCUGGUGUGUCUCGUGCCAAAGCCUUGCAGAAGAGGAAGAACACCAUUUUACCAGAAUACAAAGUGCAAAAUAAAAGCAACCAGUUCACAGAUAAGCGUAUUGGGGAGAAGAACAGAUCACUUUCUGCAGAUGAAAAGUCUAUAGCUAGAUACACAGCAGUGCGAAUGAAUCAACACAAGAAGAAAUCCAUUUAUAAUUUGGCUGAUGAUGAGGUGUUGACACACAAGGGUCAAACACUUAGUGAGAUUGAAAAGUUUGAAGAUGUACCACAUUCAGAUGAUGAUGAUGAUGAAGUGGAUGGGCAGAGGAACUCUGGAAGACUGGAUUCCAGUUUUGUGGAAGAUGCUCAUUUCGGUGGUGGUAUGUUGAAGAAAGCAGAUGGUGCAAAAUCUCAUAAAGAUUUAAUUGAGCAACUGAUAAUGGAAUCAAAGAAAAGGAAAGCUGAGAUGCAAAAACAAAAGAUGGCAAACUCUGAUUUAACUGAUAAAUUGGACAGUGAGUGGAAAGAUCUUUUACCUAUUGUGACGAAUAGCAACAAGAAGGAGGAGGAACUUGCUGCUGCUAAAGUUGAUGAUUAUGAUAAAGUGAUGAGGGAGCUAAAAUUUGAAGCUAGGGGAACUCCUUCAGAUAAACUCAAGACUGAAGAUGAUAUUGCUAAAGAAGAAAAGGACAAAUUGGAAAGAUUAGAACGUGAAAGGUUGGAGCGCAUGAAGGGCAAUGUGUUUGACGCUGCAUCAACUAAAAUUGUACAUCGUAGCGCUGAUGAUUUGGACGACAAUUUUGCAUAUGAUUCAGACACUCCUGAUGUUACUUUAUCAUACAAUGAUGGAAAAUCUAAUGUACCAAUGGAAGAUGAAGACAAGGAGGAAGAAAACGAAAAUGAAGAUGUUGAAGAAGAAGUUGAGGAAGAAGAAUUGGAAACAGAAUCAGAAGAUGAUAUGUCUGACUUGAAGGAGGAUGAAGAAAGCAGUAGUGAGGAUGAGGAUAUCCCCAUUGUAGAAGCUAAAGUCCUCAGCAAGAAGGAAUCUGCAACUAAAUUGAUCAAUGGCAAACAUAAGUUGGACGAACCCGAGGAGGAUGAAACGAAGAGAUCAAAAUUGGAUAUCAAAGAUCCUGAAAAAAUCAAGGAAGAUUUGAUGUUUAGAAAGGAAAUGAUGGAAGAAGCCAGGAAAGAGCUUCCAUACACUUUUGCAUUGCCAGAGAAUUAUGAGCAACUUCAAGAACUUCUCAAAGACAAACCUAGUCACCAUCAAAGUGUUAUAAUUGAAAGGAUGAUCAAAUGCAAUCAUCCUAGUCUUAAAGAAGGUAACAAGGAUGAGCUCGGACAUCUUUUUGCGUAUCUGCUUCAACAUCUGAGCGAUAUUUGUUGCGACAUUGAAGAUUGCAAAGAUGUUAAGCAUUGUUUUGAUGUAUUUGCAUGCAUGACGCCACAAUUCUUUGAUUUGGCCCAGUUGAAUCCAGAGACCUCUCAUCGGUCUCUCAUAGAAGUUUUCAAAGAGAAGCAGGCAGAAUAUAGGAAAAAGCCAACAAAAUUCCCGACCGUCGAAGUCUUAUUAUAUUUGAAGUUAGGAAGCUGUCUGUUUUCGACUUCUGAUUUUAGACAUCUUGUGGUUACUCCUAGCUUAGUAUUUAUGGAACAAAUGCUGACCUGGUGCAAGGCAAAAACCAGGGCUAACGUUGCAUAUGGACUAUUUUUGGUUUCAUUAAUUGCAGAGUACACUACAUUAUCAAAGCGAUAUUCUCCAGCGUCUAUCAAAUUCCUUUGCGGAAUUCUGCAUAUGGCAAUACCGAAGGUAACAGUGCGACAGAUCAAAGUUCUUCCACCGUUCAAGCAUAUAUCUUCCAGUCUUGUAUUGGCAGAACAAGUGGAAACUUUUGACAAUCCGAAACUGGACGUUACAGACUUGAUAGAUGUAAAAGACUUCGACGACGCUUUUAGGAUUAAAGCGAUCAACGUCUCUUUAGGUCUCUUGAAGUAUUUUCACUCAAAUUGUCAACCGCUAUCCUCGUGUCCAGAAAUCUUCGAAACGGCUUUCAAUUAUUUGAGCCAACUACCUAAAGAAAACUAUCCGGAAUCUUUAAGUAAAUCGUUAAACAGUUUUCUGGAAACUUUAGAUGAAGGCAAAAACAAUAGAACUCUCGAAUAUGUUGUUAUGGAGAAAAAGAAACCGAAAGCUCUGAGGUUGUACGAGCCAAAUAUAGUUAAAAUAUUCGAUAGAAAAAUGCAUAAGUCUCAAAGCAAGGAGAAGGCAGAACGCGACAAAUUGCUGCAUAAAAUUAAAAAGGAGAAGAAGGGUGCGAUCCGAGAGAUCAGGAGGGACAAAGCUUUCUUGGGAAGGGUUAAAAUUAAUCAAAAGAUUCAAAGUGAUACCGUUCGCAAAGAGAAGGUUAAGAAGAUUUAUGCUGAGGCUGCUAGUCAGCAAUGCGCUCUUAAUGCUAUGGACAGAUACAAUGAAGUCAGGAGUAAAAAGAGAUGAUAUAUUUAA